UGUUGCAACUCGCUCGUUUUUUCAAGGUUAUUAAAAGUGGUUACGGUAUUAUAUAUUAUAUACCAGUCUAUCUACCAUCAUUAUCGCUAGACGUCUAUGCUGGAUAGAUAUAUAAGUUAUAACACAACUUUAUUAUAGUGAUUGCAAAUUGGUAAUUAUAGAUAUAUAUAUAUUUCUAUAGUGAAUACUGAAUACUGAAUAGUGUCCAACUGUCCACUGUUUUAUUUCGAGAUUCAAGACGGUGCUACAAACAUAGAUCUUAGUGUUUCGUGUUCGCCCGUCGCCGUCCGGGUUUUUCAACUAUACCAGACUAGCCGCCGGGGUUUAAACUUUUUUUAGUAUCAACAUUUUAAAAUGGCAAUUCAACUUGAAACAGCUAAAUCAGCCAUUAAAGAUUCAUUAUACGAUGAGUCUAAGCCUUGGUGUAAAUUUUUCAGUUGGGCUGAAGCACAAACAGGAGUCAGUAGACUGAAUUUAUUUAUUGGUUUAGCAGUGUUUCUUGUAUUCUACUUAAUAAUUGGAUAUGGUACCGUAUUGUUAAGUAAUUUGAUCGGCUUCUUAUACCCAGCAUACGCAUCUAUUAAAGCAGUUGAAUCUAGUGGCAAAGAUGAUGACACAAAAUGGUUAACAUACUGGGUGGUAUUUUCAUUCAUUACUCUUAUUGAACUCCCAGCUUCGAUUUUACUUAGUUGGAUACCAUUUUAUUCUUUAAUAAAAACAAUUUUCUUUGUGUGGUGUUUUAUACCAAUCAGUAAUAAUGGUUCUGUGGUUGUAUAUAAUAAAUUUAUACGUCCAAACUUCUUAAAACAUCAAGGAGAUAUUGAUCAAACCGUAAAUGAUCUUACUAAAAAAGCUACUGAAGCGGCAUUUGAGAAAUUAGUCACUGAAAAAAUCAAUUAAA